AUGUCUCUCAUGGACGCCACUGGAUCGUCUCCGGACACGGGCGAUACUACUCAGGGUCUCUCCCCGGGGACCCCGAUCCCCGACAAGCCGCCGGCGCAGCGCAAGCCAGCCAAACGCGAACGCGUUGCUUUAGCUUGCCAGAGGUGUAAGACUAGAAAGCAAAAGUGUGACGGGCAUCGGCCAGCAUGUGGUUCGUGUGCGCGCUUGUCCUUGAAGUGUGUAUACGUCGUGCCACUGGUCCCGGCGGCCGGUGAGAAGAAGCUUUAUAUCAAGGCCCUGGAGCAGCGUGUUGCGGAGCUGGAGUCUUAUCUUGCCUCACUAGGGCAUGUUAGAGUCGGUACCGAUCACCUGACACGUCUGGGACAGUCGGCAUCGGCACCGCAUCAUGCAGCAGUUAUGCCGGGCACCCAGCCCAACCAGGUACCCCCUUCGGAACACACCCAGAGGGAUCCCGAAGAUGAAACCAAUGACAUAUUAGUAGCUGUGAGAGAUCUCUCGCUCUCUGCGUCUGGCCACUACGUAGGUGCCUCCUCAAACAUCACCAUCGGGAGGGUCCUUAGCUCCGUCGUCCUCAGCCAGAGGGCCUCUGCCGUGCCCUCUCACGAGGAGCCAGCGGCCCAAGGAGACGAUGAUCCGGCGCCAAAAUCCAUCUACUCCACCAAUGAGGGCGACAUGAUCGGCGUGCCCUUCCUGACCCCCCAAGUCGCCUCGAGGCUGCUGCACGGGUGGUUCCGGCACAUAGCUACGAGAUAUCCUAUUCUGCACUCCGCCCAGGUGAUGAAACUUCACAACAACCGGGACACUCUUACAGACGAGUAUGAGCAGACGAUCCUGCAUCUCAUCUAUGCUGUGAGUGGGCGAUGGCUGGAGUCGGCCGGCGAGACCGGCCACUUCUUCAGUGACCAACAUUACGAUAUCGCUCUAGAAGAGCUCGACUCGAUGCUGCGCCUUCGAGAUGUCCGCACGGUCAAUUAUCUUCUCCUUAUGGCUUUAUAUUGUACAAGGGCCCCUCGAGACCCCGGGGCUUGGACUUAUAUCGGGGCUGCGAUAAGAUUGUGCGUAGAGUUAGGUUUACAUCGUCGACAGCGGCGACAGCGGCCUAGUGUCGAAGGCGAGAUGGAUAAGCGCCGGUUCUGGACUGCCUACUUCCUCGAUCGGGACAUUUCCAUCGCCGUUGGACGACCUCCCAGCCUGUCAGACCAUGACAUCGACGUAGAACUCCCCCUGGAUAUCAACGAGGACACACUCGACGACGAGAUCGUGCGCCAAGCAGCCAUGCGCGUCACAAACAUCCCGGUCAACCCUCCGAACACCUUGACAUCCUUCAUUCACCGGACGCGGCUCAAGCAGAUCGAGUCCGAAAUCCAGCACAUCGUCUACAGGGUCGACCGCCCAAACGAUGUCUCCGACGCUACCAUCAACGUCUUUCUCGACCAGCUGAACGCGUGGAAAGACAACAUCCCUUACGAGACGGCGCACUAUGUCCAUCGCCAGGAGAGCGCGUACGAGGGCGCCGAGUUGUAUACCAUCCACUACUACCGUUGUGUUCGCUUCUUGCUAUACCCGCAGCUCGCCAAAAGCCCCGUUAACAUGCACUACGUGAAGCUCUGCGCAGAGGCUUGCAUGGGCGUCAUUGCGGACUACCGGCGGCUGCACCACACGUUUCCUGUUGGCUUUUCGGCUUUGUCGAUUCAAUCGGUCUUCCUAGCAGGCCUGACUUUGAUAUACUGCGCGUGGCUGGCCCCGUCGAAUUUCCUCAGCGUCGAAGGCCCGCUCACGGGCUGCCAGAUUCUCUUAUACGUCGUCGCCGAGCGGUACCCGUCCGCCCGGAAGUAUCGCGACCUAUUCGAGCGCAUCAGGUCGGCAAUAAUGACCAUGAUCGCCCAGGGAGAGCACGAGCCGCGCCACCCCGUCCACAUCGAUCCGAACGUCCAGAAGGGCUUCGCAACCCUCGAGAGCCAGUGGGCGACCGGGAUGGGCGCCGACUUCUCCUACAUGGUCAAUACGAUGACUGGAAAUGCGCAAGCGGCGCCCACGUUCGACAUGGGGAUGGAUCCGACAACGACGGCACUCGUUGGCGGGCAUCCAGACCACGCCGCGCCGGCCGCCAUGGGUCAGUACCAGGCCAUAUGGCCCGGGAUACCGCACGAUCUAAGCGACGCGAAUGUCCUCAGCGGCAUCUACCAGUGAACCCAUGGAGGUCCUUCUCUUCUCUUUUCCCCUUC